AUGUCCACCAACAAUCCACACUCAAACCCAGGCAAACCCCCGCCAGGUUCUUUACUUUUACCAAUAGCACCUUCUGUCCCAUCAUUAUCAUUAUCAUCAUCUUCUUCUUCUUCAUCUUCGUCUUCAUCUUCAUCUUCCUCCUCCUCUUCUCUCACCCAGGGCUCUAGAAACGUCCCAAGUAAAAGAGCUCAAGAUGAAUCAGAACGUGAAGAAAAAAUUUCUCGCGCAUUAUCCCGCGUUGAAGAAGGUCUUUCAUACAGACAAGCCGCAAAGGAAAUUGGAAUUUCUUUUGGCACCGUUUAUGGUCGUUUCCGUGGCCGUAAAAGCAGAGUCAAAGCUCAAGAAGCCCGCAUGAAGCUUUCCUUUUUGGAAGAAACAAUUAUUGAAAAAAUGCUUCUCACAACUGUCUAUAUUGGCGAACCUUACACACAACCUCAUUUUGUUCAAGCAGCAAACCUCUUUCUUCAAGCCCAAGGAGAUACAGACCCUGAAAAAGUCACCCGCCAAUGGUACCGUCAUUUUCGUCGAAGGCACCCCUCUAUGGAUGCUCGCGACUAUGCCGUUCUUCACAAGCCUUUAAACUCUCAUUCAUCUUCCGAGGCUGUAGAAAGCUGGUUUAAGAAAUUCGAAGAAGUUUUUUGGGCUAAUAAAGUGGACCCCAGUAAUACUUACUGUGUUGAUGAACUUGGGUUUUGUCGCGGUCCUGCUUUCCCUCAUUCUAGUCCAUCUACUCAAAAUAGAGAUUUGAAUCCUUUUAAAUCAGCAGCAGCCACUACCAAUCGCACAGAGUCUCCAAGUGACAGCUCUCACGUUCUCAUUCCUCCUCCUCCUGCUGAAACAUGUACUAUUAUCGAAACCAUUUGCGCCGACGGUUCUCUUUUGCCGCCCUAUACCAUUUUCUGCGACAAGAUGUACCAACAAGCCUCUUCUAUUAUUUGCCCCAACGGGCUCCCCUCAAGCGACCCAUUUGCUUAUGGUUCCUGGGGGUUAGCAUCCACAAAAUCGGGAUGGCCAAAUAGUGAAACCAUUAUGGACUGGCUUGAAAACCAUUUCGACAAGCUGACUCGUGCAAAGGCCAGAGGUGAAUACCGUCUUGUCGUUCUCGACACUCAUGCAGUUCAUUUUACUACGGCUUUGCUCCAGUUUGCCGUCAAGAAUAAAAUCAUUCUACUUUUUACUCCUGCUUUGGCGAUCCCCAACCUGCAUCCCUUUACAAACCCACUUCUUACUAGUCUCAUGUCGGACAUUUACAGCAAAUCAAGUAAUGAAGACGAUGCUCAAGGUCGGCCUUCGGUCUUGAAGUUUGUUUCCCUUAUUAAUGAUGCUCGGCACAAAUAUUUGACUAAAGAUGUGAUUUUACAACUCUGGCAAGAAAGUGGGUUGGUUCCCUUUGAUUCAUCGGUUAUACAAGAUUGCCAGGAGAUUAAAAAUGAGCUUGGUUCUAAAAGCCCCAUAAACAGAUCUGAAGACAUUGUUCUUAGCGUUACUUUCCUUCCUGUACGAGACCUUGAUGUGGACACGUUUCCAGCCAAAUUUGGGGCUGCGCCCAGAAUCGACAAUAGAGCUUGUACUAAUGUUGGCAGUAGCGGUAGCAGUAUUAAUAACAAUAGCAGCAGCGGCAGCAACAGCAACAACAGCAACAACAGCAACAACAGCAACAACAGCAACAACAGCAACAAUAACAAUAACAAUAACAACAAAGCAACUCCUGACAACAGUCUCACCACCAAUAAAAAUAGCAACACUACUAGCAAGAAAUCCAGCAUCUCCAAUAGCAUCAUUAGUUGUUCUUCUUCUUCUUUUUGCCAUUCCAACAAUAACGUCUCCAGCAUUUCUUCUCUUUUAAAUUCUCAGCAUGAUUCAGAUGGUAAAGAAAAAGAAGAAGAAGAAGCUUAUCAACCUCUCAAAAACUUGAUUUUCCCUGAAACUCCUAGCAACUUCUCUCCAACCAAUGACUUUGUGGACUCACUAAAACUAGCUGGUGAGUCUUUGAAGCGUAACCGACAGCUAAAUGACGCGCAGAUUUCUUACAACAAUUAUAUGCACGGAGUGCUUAAGCGGCUGCAUUCGUCCAUGAGCGACAUUACAACGGGCGACAAUGACGAAGGUGUAGACGCAGCCUCGGAUGCAGACGCGGACCUGGGCCAAGACGAAGAAAAGAAGCACGAGAGGAAGCGUAAGCGCAUCAAGACAGUCAAGAAGUGUUUACGUGAGCUUGAGUGUGUCAUGGCUUUGCCCACUGGUGAGAUUGAACAACUCAAGGCUGCAUCUUGUGCCAAUGACUUGAUGGGAAAUGUCUUGUUGCAAGCGCAUGCAGCUGCAAUCAAAGAUGAUCAGAUCAAAUCACACAGUAACAACAACAGCAACAACAACAGCAACAACAACAGCAACAACAACAGCAACAGCAGCAGCAACAGCAGCAGCAACAGCAGAAGUAAUAGCAGCAGCAACAGUAACAACAGCAGUUUUAGCAGUAAUAGCAGUUUUAGCAGUAAUAACAAUAGCUCCGAUGGGCAAUUGACUCAGCAGCAGUACCUUUCGGAAAAGCCCAUAGUGACAAAAAGUUUGGGAAGAAUUUCAGCGGAUAUUCCGUCGGCUCAGCCGAUGGUUCAAUCGAGAAGCACCGAGUCUGCCAAAGUCGGUAAUAAACUGAUGCUUCACUCCACACUGACGACGACGGCGGCGGCGGGGACAGUGCAUAACGCCUUUGUCUCUCAGCAUGUGAUGCUUGGUAAGCCAUCACCGACACCGUCGUCAUCAUUAACACCUACACCUACAGCUACACCUACAGCUACACCUACAGCUACACCUAUAGCUACACCUACAGCAAUACACACAGCAUCACACACAGCAACAACAGCAACAGCAAUAGCAACAGCAACAAUAAAUUCUCACCAACCCAGCCCGCCGGGCUCUUCAUUUCUGCAAAACAUUUUGAACCGCAAUGAAGAAGAAAAGCCCACGGCCAACAACAAUGCUGGUCGUGUGUCAAAGGAUGGCCCGCUGGGCGGGUAUCCGCAAAAGUCUCCCGGAACGGGUCACAUUGGUUCUCCAUUGCUCACACAACAACAACAGCAUCAUGAACAGCAUCAAAACCAGCAUCAACAACAUCAACAACAGCAGCAACAUCAACAACAGCAGCAACAGCAGCAACAGCAGCAACUACAACAGCCUUUGGGUUCUUAUAGACCAUAUUACUCUUAUCCUGUAGCUUCUCGGUCAACGCCAUCAUCGUCGUCGUCAAGUAUGCUGCCACCUCUUCCUAAGCUUGGUGCUGGUGGUGUAGGGUCUUCAGUCAAACCUAGUUCAGGGUCUUUUGUCUACUCUCUUGCACCACCACCACCACCACCAUCAUUGUCGCCUCUACCAGCAUCAUCCUCCACAUCUCCUCCGCAUCAUCAUAAUCAUCAUAAUCAUCAUAAUCAUCAUUUGAUGGAAGGAUAUUCUCCACUGGUUAAUGGGACUUCUGGGGCAUUGGAAUCAUCAUCAUCAUCAUUCAUUAAUAAUACUACUAAUAAUAGCCUUCCGCUACCUCCAUUACCUGUGCUUGGGGUACGAAACCAUAGUGUUGGAUAUGAUCAGCAAGCGCAGCAACAGCAACACUUGGCUCAACAACAAGCGCAACAGCAGCAACAGCUACAUUUGCAACAACAUCAAACUCAACAAUAUCCAGCUGUUGUUGCUGUGACUUCACCUGGAACUCCAAGCAACCCUGAGUUGUUGUCACGUCGGUACUCAUACAACGUGGAUCCAAACUAUCGUGACCUCAACAACAACAACAGCCGUAAUUAUAAUAAUAACGGUGGACCAUAUUCUUCAGCUUCACAUCAUCUUCGCCAUUAUGGAUACUAA